GGAGGAGGACAGAAGGGUGAGAGCAGGGCUGGCGUCAACACCGGACAAGGGGGGCAGCUUCUGGUGGGGGGGUCCCUGCUGCUGACUCCCCAUUCACUCAUCUCCUCUGAUGCCUGCACUCACACCCUUCUGCUCCCAGCUGCAUAUGCUGCCAUGCGCUGCUGGAGAAGGGCAUGUGGCUGGUGCACAAAGCAUCAGCGUUCCUGGUGACCGUGGCAGUACCACGCCAGCUGCACCCGUUACCCAGCACCCUCAAGGAAAGGGUAUGCAAGCAGUGGGGGUGGCUGUGACUGCAGCUGGCAGAAAGAGGGCAAAGGAACGACGCAGAGGAGAAUGCCGUCCAGCUGAACGGGGCAGUCCUGGAGGCGAGCCACCACCUGCCCCCUGCCAGUCCGACCCAGACCCAGACCCAGCCCGUCAGUCCGGCAUGUGGGUCCAGCCAGCCCCGAGAGACUUGGGGUGGAAAGUAUGAGUUCCUCCUCUCCUGCAUGGGCUACUGCGUGGGGCUGGGGAACGUCUGGCGCUUCCCGUAUCUCUGCUAUCGCAACGGCGGGGGAGUGUUUUUGAUCCCUUAUUCCAUCAUGCUCCUCUUCACGGGGCUGCCCCUCUUCUUGAUGGAGCUCAGCCUUGGCCAGUACGGCGCAGCGGGACCCAUCACCGUCUGGAAGUGCUGCCCCCUCUUGAAAGGGAUCGGGAUCGGGAUGCUGCUUGUGUCCUCGCUGGUGUCUCUCUACUACAACGUCAUCAUCGCCUGGACUUUCUACUACCUGGGCGCGUCCUUCCAGAGCCCCCUGCCCUGGUCCUGUGACGCCCUACAGAAUGCCCACCUCUGCCAGGCCCAGAAUGUAUCCUUGGGAAACGCCUCUCGGCUCAGCGCCAGUGAAGCAUUUUGGAAUGAGCGGGUGCUGGGAGUGGUGCACAGCUCCGGACUUGGGGACCCUGGCCCGGUGAGGUGGCCCCUGGCGUUGUGCCUGCUGCUGGCCUGGGCCGUCAUCUUCCUGUGCACGCUGCGAGGCAUCCACAGCUCUGGCAAGGUGGUGUAUUUCACAGCCACGUUCCCCUACCUGGUCAUCUUUGUCCUCAUCGUCCGGGGUGCGACCUUGGAGGGCUCCAUUGACGGGGUCCGCUUCUACCUCUCAGCAGACUGGAGCCGGCUGCGCAGUGCACAGGUCUGGAACGACGCUGCCUCCCAGAUCUUCUACUCUCUGGGCAUCGGCUUCGGGGGCCUCCUCUCCAUGGCUUCCUACAACAAGUUUGACAACAACGUGAUCCGGGACACCUUGGUGAUUGCCAUCGGAAACUGCUGCACCAGCUUCUUUGCUGGCUUUGCCAUUUUCUCCAUCCUUGGCCACAUGGCAUGGAGGAAGAAGGUGCCGGUGGGCGAAGUGGCAGAUUCAGGUCCCGGGCUGGCGUUUGUUGCUUACCCAGAAGCCCUUGCUCUGCUGCCAGGCUCAGCCUUCUGGUCCAUCCUCUUCUUCAUGAUGCUCUUCACCCUGGGAGUCGAUACGCUGUUUGGCAACAUGGAAGGCAUCACCACAGCCGUGAUGGACGAGUUCCCCUCCCUGCGCGACUGGAAGCGGAAGGCCCUCUUCCUGGGGGGGCUCUGCUUUGCCUUCUACUUGCUGGGGCUCCUGUUGAUUACUGAGGGUGGCAUCUUCUGGUUCACCCUCAUGGAUGCCUACAGCACCAGCUUUGGGCUCAUCAUCAUCGUCCUCUUCAUGUGCCUCGGCGUUGCCUUCUUCUACGGUGUGGACCAAUUCUGCCGUGACAUCGUUGACAUGAUCUGCCUCUGCCCUCCCUGGUGCAGCAAGCUGCUUCUCUACUUCAAAGCCUGCUGGACGAUCGUCACGCCGGGGAUGCUUCUGUUCACCCUCUUCUAUAUCUUCCUGGAUUUGUCGAGCACGACUUUGCACUAUGGCACCUACAAGUAUCCACGCUGGGGGGAGGCCCUGGGGGUCUGCCUGGGGGUCGUGACCUGCAUCCAGAUCCCACUUUGGGCAGCCGUGGCUCUCUGCAAGGAGUCCGGGACGCUGAUAGAUCGGUUCAGGAAAGCCAUCCACCCUCUGAAUUCCUGGCGCACCACAAAUGGAAACGGGCGUGACUUCUCGCACCAGAUCAUCGACGUUCCUUAUACCGUGAAUCUGACGGACCACGACUUCACAGGGGGCUGGCGGCAGCAGGGCAGCAGCGAGGCAUGAAUGGGGAGGAGGAUGCUUUCCACCCGGGAGGGCCGGCUUGCAGGCAAGCCGGGGCGCGACAGGGGCGUCUGCCGCAUGGGUGAAGUGGCCAAAAGGGCAGCCUGUUUGGCAGAGUCUCUUGGCCAGGGCUCAAGGAAGGUGGCACUUCAGGAACAUGCACUGCUCUUGUUGGGCAGGAAACAGCGGAAACUUUUUAAAAAAUGAAGCAGAGGGGUGUGUGGGUGCGUUUUGAAAUACGCGAGGUGUCCUGGCAGGCAUUUCUCACCUGCUGCCGCCUUUGCAGAGUUGGUGCUCAGCACCACUGCAGAGAUCUUGGGCUGGCCUCACCCUCUGCCCCGCCUUGGCACGGAGGGCCCUGGAGGGCCAGUUCUCCAGGGGUGCCUCUCUGAUGCUGGGCUGGGGCAAGGAACCACCAGAGCCCCGCCCACUUCCCCCGAGGCUCCUGCUCCAAGCGGCCAGAGCUGGGGAGGCUAGGCUGGCUUGGUCUCUGCUCUUCUCCCUUAGCAGCCUGACCGUGGGCCCCAAGGUAGAGCAGGGUGAGUCCUCUCCUACUUUGCUUGCCCUUCGGCUCGCUCUUUAGACAACAAACGCUAGCCUGCGUUUGGCACACCUUGGUGGCUAACGGCGCUUUCCAGAAGGCGCUUUGGGUGUGACCGCCUCCUGUUGUUGGCUUGGCCCAGGAGAAACACUUCUUCACUAAACAAGGGGUAAGAAUGGGGGUGGCCCAGGCACAGAUGGCUUUAAAAGGGAUUAGGAAGAUUCAUGGAGGUCUAUCCAUGACUACUAGCCAUGGUUGACUAAAGCCUCCACAUCCAGAGGAUCUAGCCAUGUUAGUCUGUAGUAACAAAAUAAUAAAGAGUCCAGUAGCAACUUCAAGACUAACAAACUUUAUUGUAGCCUAAGCUUUCGAG